AUGAGGAUACAAGACCCGAGUUACUCAUUGUUCUUUGACCGUUUGGAUAGUAAUAGAAUUGCUCCAUUCAGGGGACUGGGCAAUCAGUUCCGUUUGACCGAGUUUGAAAUCAAUGCCACAAUGACAGACUCGUGCGUCUCCACUGAAAUGAUACAACACUACACCAACGACUCUACUACUCCCGUCGAGGCAAAGUACCAAAUGCCCUUGCCACCCCAGUCCGUUGUGAGUCGCUUCAUCGUGAGAUACGACGACAAGACUCUCGUGGCCAAGAUCAAGGAGAAGUCCGAGGCGCAGGAGACAUACCAGGAUGCCCUGGCCAGUGGCCACCAAGCCUUCUUGGUCGAGAAGAACGAUAAUGGAUCGUUCAGCACUAUCAUUGGAAACAUCCCGCCCACAAAGAAGGUGACCGUCACCCUGACCAUCGUCUCGGAGGUUAGCACCCAUCUCCAGGACUUCCACUACACUUUGCACCGUAGUAUGUUCCCCAGACACGCCUUCAAACUGGACUUGAAGGUUAACAUCAACAUAUCGACUAAGAUCGUUGCCCUCCAGCUGGAGCACUACGCUGACCACAAGACUACAAUCAAUGGCACGUCGGCAACAGUGUCACUUGCGACCACUGUCGGCGUGCCCAGGAACAUCGUCGUGUGUGUGACCCCGGCCUCCCAAAAGCGCCCAGCCUACUACCUUGAGCGAAGCACAGAGGAUACAUACGCACUGGCACUCAACUUCUUCCCCUCGAUCGAGGUGCCCCUCGAGGAUGUCGACCAAAAGUCUGAGUUCAUCUUCCUGCUCGACUGCUCGGGCAGUAUGUCUGGUGGCAGCAUCGCCAAGGCCAAGCUAGCCCUUGAGAUCCUUAUGCGCUCGCUCACUGAGAAGUCGCGCUUCAACAUCUGGCUGUUUGGAUCUACAUUCACCGCAUUGUUCCCAUCAUCAAAAGACUACAAUGACGAAAGUCUCGAUCAAGCCAACAACUAUAUCAGGCAAAUCGAUGCCAAGCUUGGCGGUACUGAGUUGUUGCCACCAAUUAAGGCCAUUCUCAAUAAUGAGUAUGACUAUGAGUAUCCAAGACAAGUCUUUAUCCUCACUGAUGGAGAGGUAUCACAGCGUGAUGAACUGGUGGACUAUGUUGGAAGAGAGGCCAAGACUACAAGGAUAUUCACUCUUGGCAUUGGAGGUGGUGUUGACAAGGAACUGGUGCUGGGACUGUCCAAGGCAUGCAAGGGAUACUAUGAGUUUAUACAAGAGUCGAGUGACAUGCAGAGCAAGGUGAUGAAGUUGAUGAACAUUGCCAAUGAACCAACCGUCUCCAACAUCAAGGUGGACUGGGCGGGAUUGGAUUGCGUCCAGGCACCACAGCGCAUCAGACCAGUCUUUAACCAUGAGCGCAUGAUGAUCUACGCAAUGAUCAACUCCGCCACGCCAACCACGGUUUCCAACAUUGUAAUCACUGCCGACGGACCUACUGGUACCAAGCUGAGCUAUGAGGUGCCAGUCGACUUUAGUUCGGCUGUCUCGGCCUUGAGCAACCCGCUGCACACGCUCACCGCACACAUGCAGAUCGCAGACCUCGAGGAGCAGGAGCGCAAAGGAACCGCCAACCAGAACAAGGACAAGAUCGUGGCGUUGGGAAAGAAGUACCAAGUGGUCUCCAGUCACACAUCGUUUGUUGUGGUGUCCGAGUCUGACACGGCCACCGAGGAGACGAUGAGAGUGGUCAAUGUAAUCCCAGUCCAACAACAACAACAACAACAACAACAACAACAACAACAACAACAACAACAACAACAACAACAACAACAACAACAACAACAACUACAACAACUACAACAACUACAACAACUACAACAACUACAACAACAACAACAACAACAACAACAACAACAACAACAAGUACAACAACUACAACAACAACAAGGAUUGGCUAGAAAUUAUCACUCUGGAAUGAGGAGCACCUUUGCAGGUCCAUCUUCAAACUCUAUGAACCAGCAGAUGUCGAUGUCAUCACUCUCCAAGAGAACUAGGGUUAGCAAUCAAACUGAUAUGGACAUGCUCGCUAGCGUAUUCGGAGGUCAACCGCAACAGCUUCAGAAUGUAGUGCAAUCGCCACAGCAAAGUCAACCAAUGUGUUACAUACCACAUCCACAACAACAAAUGAUACCUGUGGGACAGACGGAUGGUCGUGGAGGCCACCAACCGCACUUUGUACAACAGCAACCAAUGAUGCCACAACAAAUGGGCAUGAGUUCUCAGAGUCAAUCAUUCCAGCAAAUGUCAUCCAACGUGCAAAGGAUGCCACAACUACAGCAUCAACAACAACAACAACAACAAUUCAGUCCACAACAACAAUAUCAGUCGAUGUCAAAUGGAGCAACGACAUCUUUAUUGGAUCAUUUGAACUAUUUACCGACAACAACAUCAUACUCACCAACAUCACCAUCAUACUCACCAACAUCACCAUCAUACUCACCAGCAUCACCGUCAUACUCACCAUCAUACGCCCCUUCACGAUCACCAAUGAGGCCAUCUGUUUCCCCUUUACCAUCUGCACCAGGUGGGGAUGCAAUGAUGACUUUGAUCCGCUCACAAAAGGCCAAUGGAAGUUGGGACCAAGCUCCAGUGAGUGGCUCAGCUCCAGCCUUGCUGGCAUCAUUGCCAAUUGUCUGGACGACACUAUUGGUGAUUGCCAAGUUCGAGGUAUCCUUCGCCAAUGUGAAGGAUCAGUGGUUACAAAUCGUGAACAAGGCUAUCAAGUGGGUAAAGUCCCAAUUGACCGCUGCCGGAUGUGUAGAUCAAUACAACAAUCUCAUCGCACAGGCCAUCACAUUCGCAAACUAA